CGGCUUCCGGGCUGCCCGGGGUCGCUGGUAGGGUUCCAGGCCCGGCGCUGCCCUGAGCUGGGGGGUCAGUGCGGACCGUGGGGAAGAUGGCGGCGGCCGACCGCUCCUCGAGCAUCGUGGAGUACUUCGGGGGAGAGGCCGGCUACCGCUGCGGCUACUGCAAGAACGUGACUGGCAACCUCUCCCACGGCAUGUGGGCGCAUUCAAUGACGGUUCAAGAUUACCAGGAUCUUAUCGACAGAGGAUGGCGAAGAAGUGGGAAGUAUGUCUACAAGCCCAUUAUGAAUCAAACAUGUUGUCCUCAGUAUACAAUAAGAUGUCAACCUUUACAUUUUCAACCUUCCAAAUCUCACAAGAAAGUUCUGAAGAAAAUGUUGAAAUUUCUUGCUAAAGGGGAUUCUUCCAAAGUGGCUGGUGAUGAAGAACCUAUGGAUUCCCACAGAGAGGAUGCUGUUGCUUGCAGUUUUGUAUUAAAAAAUGAAUCUGACAUCAGUCAAUCUGAAUUGAAACCCCUGAGUGUGGAGGAGACGGAGAGGGUGGAGACUGAAGAUAAUAAUGAAGAGGAGGAAAUGAAAAAAGAAGUAACUGUGAAGAAAGUGGAAUCAGAGCCUCCCCAGACAUGUGUAGAUAAAGACAGUGCAGGAUCUAGUGAACGAUCAGAUUCAGCUAAACUUGUUCAUACAACACCCAAACCAGGAAAAGGGGCUGAUUUGAGCAAGCCGCCCUGUCGAAAAGCUAAGGACAUUCGGAAGGAAAGAAAAUUGCACAAGCUUCUUCAGAACCAGACACACACACUUGAAGGCACUCCAAGUCAAGUGGAGCCUCAGGUUUUACUCUCUCAAAACUCUAAAUCUAAAGCGAACCAACCUAAGUCCAUUGAAGACUUCAUUUUUGUCUCCUUACCUGAUGAUGCCACACAUCAGUUAGAGGUGAGGGUAGUGAGAUCAUCUCCACCAAGUUGCCAGUUCAAAGCCACAUUUCAGGAAUCUUACCAGGUCUAUAAACGUUACCAGAUGGCUAUUCACAAGGACCCACCUGAUAAACCAACCAUAAGUCAGGUGAGGUUAGUACCUGUCUCCUUUGAAGACCCACAGUUCAAUUCAUCCUUCAGCCAGUCAGCUACUUUAUUUGCCAAGUAUCAGAUGGCUAUACACAAGGAUACACCUUCUGAAUGUGGCGAGUCUGAGUUCACAAGAUUCCUCUGCGAUUCUCCACUUGAGGCAGAGAAUCCUCCCAGUGGUCCCGAUUGUGGUUAUGGUUCUUUUCACCAGCAGUAUUGGCUAGAUGGGAAGAUAAUUGCUGUGGGUGUAAUUGAUAUUCUUCCAUACUGUGUGUCCUCUGUGUAUCUGUACUAUGAUCCUGACUAUACUUUCCUAUCUUUGGGAGUCUACUCUGCAUUAAGGGAAAUUGCUUUCACUAGGCAACUCUAUGAAAAAGCUUCUGAGCUGUGCUAUUACUAUAUGGGUUUCUACAUUCAUUCAUGUCCUAAAAUGAGAUAUAAGGGUCAGUAUAGGCCAUCUGACUUAUUGUGUCCAGAGACAUAUGUCUGGGUACCCAUUGAGCAAUGCCUACCUACACUUGAGCACUCUAAAUAUUGUCGCUUCAACCAGGACUUAAAAGCAGUUGAUGAAGGUUGUAUUAAAGAGCUGGGCCGAGUUCGGGUUCUUCACAAGAGAAUUGUAAUGCCUUACAGCAUGUAUAAGAAAAGACGGAAGGGGCCAAGUGAUGAAGCCAGCAUUCAGCAGUAUGCAAGUUUGGUGGGACAGACAUGUUCAGAAAGGAUGUUGUUGUUUAGAAGUUGAAGAGUUAUUAAAUGGCUCUUCUACGCCACUAUAUUUUAUUGCACUGCUGUUGGAUGAUACAUAAUACAGUUCUGUAUGACUAUUAAAAUAGAGCAGUAUAAAAUAUAGGUAUCUGUAAUAGGCUAUUGUGAAUACAUGGUAGUAUACUUACAAGCAAAAUCGGUUAACACUUCAAAUGAUUUACAGCAAGGCUUUCAGCAAUAUGUAGAGUGUCUUAGCUAAACUUGCUUGCAGGAAUUUUUUAAAAUUAGGUACUUUUGGCCUUUCUUUGCAUUCUGAAUACCU